UAUAAUGAUAAUGAAAAUUUAAGAAACAUAUUUAAAUGAACUACUUAUUAUUUAAGUAUGAAAUUAUAAUUGGGAAUUCCCUUAAAUUAUUAGAAGUAUAUUUAAGCUAGGGCUGCAGAGAACACAUAAUUUCCGUUACGAUUAAUAUCGCCUAGAUGGAAGUAUGACCAGUCUUCUCUGGUAUUUCCGAACCACCAUCGAACGGUUCUCUAACGCUAACGCACGUGUUUGAAAUCGAUUUCAAUUGUUCUGCAAUUGCCCUCAGUGAAGCAACAAGCGGAGAGGUUGCAUUUUGAAGCACGUUUUUCCAGUAAAAGUAUACAAUAUACAAGCCAAUAUGACUGAGGAAGUGAAUCCCAAGGCAUUCCCGCUGGCCGAUGCCCAGCUCACCGCCAAGAUCAUGAACUUGCUGCAACAGGCAUUGAACUACAAUCAACUGCGCAAGGGAGCCAACGAGGCCACCAAGACCCUCAAUCGCGGACUGGCCGAUAUUGUGGUGCUGGCCGGUGAUGCGGAGCCCAUCGAGAUUCUGCUCCAUUUGCCGCUCCUGUGCGAGGACAAGAACGUGCCCUACGUCUUCGUUCGUUCCAAGCAGGCCUUGGGUCGUGCGUGCGGAGUUUCCCGUCCAAUCGUCGCCUGCUCGGUGACCACCAACGAGGGCAGCCAGCUCAAGUCGCAGAUCACCUCCAUCCAGCAGGAGAUCGAGCGACUGCUAGUCUAGUAACCCUUUAGAUUUAAGUGAACAGUCGUACAAAAUGGUAAUUUCAAAUUGAAAUUUUGAAUAAACAUGUGUAUUUUUUAAUGCAAA